AUGAUUUACCCUCAACCUAAUAAUUUCAUAAAUAUUCGUUCAAAUUUUACAUUGCGGCAUCCUAAUAUCGUACAGUUAUACGAUACUUACGAUGAGAAACACUGUGUUUAUUUGGUUAUGGAAUUAGUUACCGGUGGUGAAUUAUUUGAUCGAAUUGUUUCUAAGGGAUCCUUUACUGAACGCGAUGCGUCAGUGUUAAUGAGACAAGUGCUUGAGGCAGUUGCUUUCAUGCAUAAAAACGGCGUCGUUCACAGGUUAGAUUUAAAACCGGAAAAUUUGUUAUAUUAUAAUAAAGAAGAAGAUUCCAAAAUAAUGAUUUCCGAUUUUGGUCUUUCAAAAACCGAAGAUUCUGGUACGAUGGAAACUGCAUGCGGAACGCCUGCGGUAGAUAUAUGGUCAAUUGGUGUAAUAACUUAUAUAUUACUAUGCGGGUAUCCACCAUUUUAUGAUGACAAUGAUGCAAAUUUAUUUGCUCAAAUCAUUCGCGGGGAAUAUGAAUUUGAUUCACCAUAUUGGGAUGAAAUUUCUGAAUCAGCGAAAGAUUUCAUCUCACAUUUAAUGUGCUGUGAUCCAGAAAAACGAUACACUUGUGAACAAGCUCUCGAACAUCCGUGGAUAAGUGGUAAUACAGCAAGUACGAAAAAUAUUCAUUGUUUAGUGGCACCUCAAUUACAACAAAGCCUUAUAAAACGCAAAUGGAAGAAAGCAUUCAACGCGACAUCAGCAAUACGACAACUUCAAAUGCUUCGUCUUACACAUAGCCCUUCAACUUCGUCCGACCGAACACAGAAAAAUGAAAUUUGA